AUGAAAGCCUCCACCCUCGCGCUAACUGCGAUCGAAAGAAAACUCAUUUGCGAUACUAACAAUGGAUUGAGAAAUGGUGUCGUAUUUGCCGCUACCUACCAGUCUGACCCCGCUGCGUGCGAAGUGGUCGAUGAUGCCACUACUAAUAUGGAAAAUAAUCAUAACUUGACAGACUCUGUGGUCUCAGGUGCUUUGUCGAGGGUAAUUGAGAAGCACGCUGAACUUCGCACCACAGUCAGCGCGUCCAUGCAAUUCGUUCCCCUGGAGUUUGUACGGUUCGAUGAUGUUGUGAACAAGAUUCAAUUCGAUUGCUACAAAGACGAGUACUUUAAUUGUCAUGAUGGCAUUCCUCCUUACAUUUUGCGCCAUAUUUUCAAUAACCACGAGUUUACUGUGGGCACUGAAAGACCAUUGUGGCAACUUUAUAUCGUGGAUGAAAGUAUGGUCAUUUUCCAUGGUCAUGAUGCCCUGUUUGACUCUUAUGCUGCUGCCAACUUUCACAAAUUAUUCCUUCAUGAGCUUAACUCUUUGGGUCAAGCUCGAAAAGAGGACUCGGAAUUUAUUUUCCAGCAUGCCACCGGGCUCGCGCCUCUAGAAAAGUCGAUUUUCGCCCGGCAAUCGACUUCGAUAUUUUCGACCGUUCUUGAUCCUUUUAAUCCUGGCUUUCCAAAUGCGUUUAAGGCUUUUUACAAUUUAGCGAUUAAGAAACCUUUGCACUUCAUCGAGCGUGGUCGGCACGAACACACACCAACGCCAAUUGGACUGCCGAACGGGAAAGCUCCCAUGAUCCCAUUAUGUGGGAAAGUAGUUUUCGGAACUGUUCGACCUGCGAGACUCUCCGUCCUAAGAAGUUAUCUCGAUAACGUCAAUUACACGCUACAAGUCUUUGUCGCAGCUGCCGCCAUAUUCUGUCUCAAGGCUGUAAAUCAAGAAAGCCUGAUGGACUUUACAUUUUCCAUUCCAAUGAACCUACGAGAUUCUGCGGGCAAAAUGCCAGAUUUGGGACUUUUCCACAAAAAUGUGUACGUCGAUUGCCCUACCAGUGGUAGUAAUAACGAAAUUCGAAAACUUUUCAAUCUUGGGUCAUCCAACAUCGAGGGUGCAACUUUACAUGAGCUAGCGCCCAUCAAUGAGGUUUCUGAUAUGGAGAUUCAGUUUGAGAAAGUUCUCUCUUUCGUUUCGGCUAAGAUGAACAACGCUGCUAAGAGGUGGCGUGCGUCCAAAUAUGGCGAUGACGACUUGGAGUGGAUGAAAAGCGAGGUUUUGGAACCUUCAGAUUUCCCAAGCACGCAAGUCGUGGAGAUCAACGAUUUGACGGAGCAUAACUUUUUGAAGUCAGAAAACGAGCGAUACCACAUUGAAGACGCCUACGCUCUGAGAAGUAGAAAGACAGAUGCAUUUAUGUCAAUCACUUACUGUUUAUCAUCUUCGGGCCUAAAUCUAGGGAUUCAUUAUCCAGAUAAUCCUCUAAUGGAUGCUUUUGUUGAACGCCUCGAGUCGUUUAUAGAAUUAUAUCCUGAUGGGGUUUAA